UCUGCGAGCGCGCAGGGGUCCUGGAGCGCGUGGCGGUCCGGGAGCCGCGUCAGGGUCCAGGGGUUCGCGGGGCUCCUAGGGCAGUCCCGAGGUCCCGGGGAUGGAAGUUUGUUUGGCUCCUGAUUCUGGCUGCAUCAGAAGAAUGGAGCAAUGGGAAGGAAACGGCCACGUAGCAUCAUUGACUUCCAUGGUAUUGUUUCUGAGAACCUGGAAAGAGCAAGGACAUGCUGACACUUUUGCAUUGAUUAAAUCACAUUUGGGUGUGAUGGAGCCUGCAGCUUCGUGUUUAGCUGGAUUCUUCAUGGCCUUUCUUCUCUUACAGAUCACCAUACUCACCGAAGCUAUGAGCUUGGAUAUACAGAUUAACAUUCAGGUUCCAGAUGCAGAAGGGAUACUGGUGGAGUGUACUUCAGGAAGGUUGAUCCCACCUGUUGAGAUGACAUGGAGAGACAGCAAGGGGAAUAUAAUUCCACAUUCAUCAAAACUUGACUCUCAGGAUGGGUUAUUGUACUUGAAGAGCAGUAUUCUUCUGAAGAACAGAACACAUGGUCCUGUUACUUGUUCCAUUUACAAUGUAACUACUAAUCAAGAGAAAAAAAGAAGCAUUGUCCUACCAGAUGUCCUCUUCAAACCAGAGUAUAUGUCAUUGAUGUCAAACAGACCUUCAUGUCCUGUACUAUAUUUGAUUUUUAUACUUGUUUUAUAUUGUCUCAGAGGAAUACUUGUUUUUUAUCUCAAAUGGAAAACAUGUGAAUUCAUGAGAGGUUCGAAUAAAAUGAGGCUUUGCUAUGAGCUUAUGUGGGAGUGUCUACCAUUAUUUUUGUGUAUUGGAUUCCUCCCUCUCUAUUUGAAUUUCAGGAGCAGAGCUUCUAUUUUGGACAAUGCAUACCCACUGUACAGUAAUUGGCUGUGGGAUGUAUGCAUAAUCUUGGUUGUAAUGAUGUUAUUUUUCACUGGACUCAUUUUGCUUCUACUUGUGACUCUAAACAGUAAGUGA